GCUUGUUUAGCAGUCCGGCUACCCACUUACUCGAAGCUUUUCUUCUUUUGUAGGCUGAAAGCUGGAUGAAGCAGGCAAAUGUUCGACAAUGGAUAAGGCUUUGGUGAAUCGCUGGUUAAUGUAGUGUUCAGAAGUAAUAUGAGCCAUUAGGAAGGAGCACGCGAUGAACAAGGUCAAAUGGGAUGCUUAAACCAAUUUCUCGACCAAAACCCCACACUUAGGUCCACCUUCACGUGCCACUUUCCCAAACCUUCAUGUUGGUCAAAUACACAUUACUCAUUUUUAUCAUUAAUGCUAUCUCAUGUUGGACAUUAGCGAGUGCCGGCCCAGUCAUCAUGGAGGAAUCUCCAGCGUUUGCUGCUAGGCAAGCUCGUCAAAUCGUUCAAGAAGAGGGCAUUGGAACUUUGAUCACUUUAAUGGAUCGUUCCGUUCAACCAGAGUUUGAAUCCAUGCCUUUUGGCAUCAUGGAAUAUUAUGCAGAUACGGGAGCUGGUGAUCUGUUACUUCUCAUGUCUGAUCUCCAGGUCAAUGUGAGAAAUGCCGUAAAGUUUCCUUUUGUCUCGUUCUCCAUCAAAGUAUCCGAUAAAAGCAAACACCGCAAUGGCCAAUAUGCGGUCGAAAACCCACGCAUGACUUUGAUGGGUAAACUACAUAGGUUGCCUGGUUCAGAGUAUCCAAGCGCAUAUGAUCGAUUUACAGCUGUACACCCUGAUUCGCGAUGGGCACCUAAAAACGAGUCUUCUGGAGGCGGAUUUCAUGAUUUUCGGUACUAUACUCUCAAAGUCUCUGGGCUUUAUGUGAUCAAUGGGUUUGGAGGAGCUCAUUAUGUUGGAUGGAUGAAUGAGACGCUAUAUCAUUCACCUCAUUUGAUUCAAGGGCCUCUCCUGACUGAGCAGGUAGUGUAGUGGAGCAAUCCGAGGAAGACCAGUCACACUUCGUUGGGGCAGUCCGUUGCCGAUAUUUUUCGAUAGCACAAAUUUUAAAGCAUCCCGAGGUGACUGGAAAGGGUUAACUUGAUGCUAUAAGGUGUCUCGUCAAAGUUAUUCAAUAAAUGUGCAUCCAUUGCUUGUUCAAUA